AUGCAGGACGAGGAGGGCGACAUGGGGCUGGCCCCACGGCCCCACGAGGGCAGCCUGUCUGCAGCUGGGAACCAAGCUCCCUGCAGGCACAGACACUGCCUAGUGGCGCUGGGCACCGGGUGGGUCACUCUGACCUUGGCUGCGAUCGUGCUGAGCCGUGUGGGUUUCCAGGGCUACUCCCAGGAACAUCAGACCAUGCCGGCCUCGCGUGGCCCAGAGGAUGUUGGCGAUGCCCAGAGAUCAGGAAACGGAGCAGAAUGCAGCUACAGCCUGCAGGAUUUCCGCUCUCACCUGAGACAGAGUCUGUGUGGGCUGCCGCAGAGCAGCUCAGCAGAGGGCUCUGGGUGCAAACUCUGCCCCAGGCACUGGGUGCCGCACAUGGACAAGUGCUACUGGCUGUCGGAAGAGAAUCAGUACUGGAGCUGGGGCCGUGAUGACUGCUCACGGAGGGGAUCUCACCUGCUCAUGAUCCAGGACCGGGAGGAGCUGGAGUUCAUACAGAAUCUUACAGGAAAUCGUAUUCCGGCGUGGAUUGGACUCAGCAUCACAUCUCCAGGGAGGAAGUGGACCUGGGUGGAUGGUUCCCCGUUAAAUCAAACGCUAUUCACGGUUUCAGGUCCUGUGAAAGAGAACAGCUGUGCUGCAGUCAAGAAGACUCAGAUCAAGUCUGAAAUCUGCAACACUGACUAUAAAUGGAUUUGCCAAAAGGAAGCUGUGCUCAUUUAA